UAUAUUGAUCCUGAUUUCCCAAAACCUCUCCUUCGACUGCAGUCAUCGGACGUUCUCGCGCUCUCGGCAGAGCUUCUUCUAGAGUUCGCGUUCUUUAUCAGCUUCUUCUUCUAGGAUUCGCUUCAUUGUCAGCUUCUCUCUCUGGUCAAGAUGGUUCUUCAAAACGACAUCGAUCUGCUCAAUCCUCCGGCCGAGCUUGAGAAGAGGAAGCACAAGCUCAAGCGUCUCGUGCAAUCUCCCAACUCUUUCUUCAUGGACGUGAAGUGCCAGGGUUGCUUCAACAUAACAACGGUGUUCAGUCACUCGCAAACGGUGGUGGUUUGUGGAAACUGCCAGACGGUGCUGUGCCAGCCGACUGGUGGGCGCGCUAGGCUUACCGAGGGCUGCUCUUUCAGAAGGAAGAAUGAUUGAUUAAUUGUUGGCUGUUUGCUUAGUAGAGUUCCUGUGGGGCGCGCCUGGUUUUUGUUUUGAUAUGUGUUAUUACUUUAGGAACAAGUUUUGGACAUCUAUUGUUACGUUGUUGUUCGUAUCUUAAAUUUUAUUUGGUGAAAUGGAACUUGUUUUUGUUUGACAUUA